AUGCCGAUCCUUUUGGGGUACGGUCAUAUCGUUCCGCGGACAAACGCUGGACGGAUAGCGAUCAUUUUUUAUGCACUUUUCGGCAUACCUCUUAUUUUGGUGACCAUCGCUGAUAUGGGACGAUUUUUGUCAGAUAGUGCAAAUAUCAGAAGAGGUAUUAUUUGGGUACAUAACACAUAUCGAAAAUUUAUGGAUUCAUGCUACGCUCAGUGUUGGAAGUGCAUCAAAUGUAUGUGUUGUCGAUUUCGAAAGAAACAGAAACGGAUACAGAUGCCGACAAUCGAACUUUUGCAAAAACAACGGCAAAUGUAUAGCAGUGUGCGACGGCCGCGAAAAACGCACGAUAAUCAAUCCGAUGCCGGCACUUUUGAGGGUACCUUUUGCAAAUUCUAUAAAAAACAACUAACCGUGUUUUUACCUCGUAAAAAUUUAGACAUAUCCGAAAUUCAUACUCAAAAUUCGGAUCUCGGUGCGACAUCGGAAGAUACUCGAGCGCAAGCAGAAGAACUUGAACCAGAAAUGCCACAUCAUGAGCGGCGAGUCUCCGUGAUGUUUAUACUCGUGAUUAUGCUAGGUAAGUAG